UUUUUUAUUUUAAUUUCCGUUUACAAAGACCAAAAAAGGGAGCAUUCAUCGUAAGUGGAAGGAAUAGAAUAGACCCUGAAACAAAAAAGAAAAACUCAACAAAAUAUAUACUCACUCUCAGAUCCAAAUCUCUCUUUCUCUCUCUGAGCCUCUUCCUCAGAUCUCUCUGGUGACAUAUUCGGAUCUCCGAUUUGCAAUUCGGACUAUCCACCUUGCCGCCCGAAUCGGUGGGUAUUUGAUCGCCUGCCGCUGCUGCUAGGCUUUGCUCUCCCAUUUUCGGAUCGGAUUGAGCUUUCCCGGAGCUUCACCACGGACCCAAUCAUGAAUCCCUUCUCUUCCGGAACACGCCUGAGGGACAUGAUUCGGGCUAUACGUGCUUGCAAAACUGCGGCAGAGGAACGUGCUGUUGUAAGAAAAGAGUGUGCUGCUAUUCGUGCUGCCAUAAAUGAAAAUGAUCAAGAUUACAGGCAUCGUAACCUGGCUAAGCUCAUGUUCAUCCACAUGCUGGGUUAUCCCACCCAUUUUGGUCAAAUGGAGUGCCUGAAGUUGAUUGCAUCUUCUGGUUUUCCUGAGAAGAGAAUAGGGUAUCUUGGCCUCAUGCUGCUUCUUGAUGAAAGACAAGAAGUUCUAAUGUUGGUCACAAACUCGUUGAAACAAGAUCUCAAUCACUCAAAUCAGUAUAUUGUGGGACUUGCUCUUUGUGCUUUGGGAAAUAUUUGUUCAGCAGAAAUGGCUCGUGAUCUUGCACCCGAAGUGGAAAGAUUGCUGCAAUUUCGAGAUCCAAAUAUUCGGAAAAAGGCAGCGUUGUGCUCUAUAAGGAUUAUAAAGAAAGUCCCUGAGCUGGCGGAAAAUUUUAUUAAUCCUGCUGCUGCCUUACUUAAAGAAAAGCAUCAUGGUGUUUUAAUAACAGGAGUUCAACUUUGUACAGAUCUUUGUAAAGUCAGUGAAGAUGCCCUUGAAUAUUUUAGAAAGAAGUGCACAGAGGGUUUGGUCAAAACUCUAAAGGAUGUAGUAAACAGUCCAUAUGCCCCCGAGUAUGACAUUGCUGGGAUCACAGAUCCUUUCCUUCAUAUUAGGUUGCUUAAGCUUUUGCGUGAGUUGGGCCAAGGAGAUGCAGAUGCUAGUGAAUGCAUGAAUGACAUACUUGCUCAGGUGGCAACAAAAACCGAGUCAAACAAAAAUGCAGGGAAUGCGAUUCUGUAUGAAUGUGUAGAAACCAUCAUGAGCAUUGAAGAUAAUGGUGGCUUACGUGUGCUUGCCAUAAAUAUUUUGGGAAGAUUCUUAUCGAAUCGUGACAACAACAUUAGAUAUGUUGCAUUAAACAUGCUGAUGAAGGCAAUUACAGUUGAUGCUCAAGCGGUGCAGAGGCAUCGGGCAACUAUCUUGGAAUGCGUAAAGGAUUCAGAUGCUUCAAUUCGAAAAAGGGCCCUUGAACUUGUUUAUGUUCUUGUGAAUGAGGGCAAUGUGAAACCUCUGACAAAAGAACUAAUUGACUAUUUGGAAGUAAGUGACGAAGAAUUCAAGGGAGAUCUUACUGCAAAAAUUUGCUCCAUUGUUGCAAAGUUUUCCCCCGAGAAGAUUUGGUACAUUGAUCAGAUGCUCAAGGUUCUCUCUGAGGCUGGAAAUUUUGUAAAAGAUGAAGUGUGGCAUGCGGUUAUCGUUGUGAUAAGCAAUGCUUCUGAUCUUCAUGGAUAUACAGUUAGGGCGUUGUACCGAGCAUUACAAUUAUCAGCUGAGCAGGAAAGUCUCGUUCGGGUAGCAAUUUGGUGCAUUGGGGAAUAUGGUGACCUGUUGGUAAACAACGUUGGCAUGCUCGAUGUAGAGGAUCCAAUAACAGUAACAGAGUCUGAUGCUGUGGAUGUUAUAGAGAUUGCAAUUAAGCACCAUACGUCGGAUCUCACAACCAAAGCAAUGGCUAUGGUUGCUCUGUUAAAGCUAUCUUCACGUUUCCCAUCUUGUUCAGAGAGGAUCAAGGAUAUAGUUGUUCAAUACAAAGGAAGCCUUGUUCUUGAAUUGCAGCAAAGAUCCAUUGAAAUGAACUCUAUUAUUGCGAAGCAUCAGAACAUUAGAUCUACACUGGUUGAAAGGAUGCCAGUUUUGGAUGAGGCAACUUUCAUUGGAAAGAGGGCUGGUUCUAUACAAGCUACUGUUUCUCCUUCUUCUGGUGCUUCAAUCAAUCUACCGAAUGGAGUUGCCAAACCUACUGCAGCUCCUCUUGUGGAUUUACUUGAUCUAGGGUCAGAUGAUGUGCCAGCACCUAGCUCCUCCGGUGGUGAUUUGCUUCAUGAUCUUCUUGGUGUUGAUUUGUCAACGGCUUCUACACAAUCGGGUGUAAAUCAUGCUCCAAAAAAUGGCACCGAUGUUCUACUGGAUCUCUUGUCUAUUGGUUCACCUACCCAAAGCAGCCAAUCUGUCUCUGAUAUGUUAUCCUCCAGUCAAGAUAACAAAACACCUGUUUCACCAUUAGAGGGAUUAUCAUCCCCAUCUUCGAAUUCCAUACAACCCACUUCUUCUGCAGGAGCUGCUCCAGCAAUUGAUUUGUUGGACGGCUUUUCCUCCAACCCACCAAAACAGGAAACAGAAAACAAUGGCACAGCUUAUCCAUCUGUAGUGGCAUUUGAGAGCAGCAACUUGAAGAUGGUGUUCAACUUCUCAAAGCUGCCUGGAAAUCCGCAAACGACAGUGAUCGAGGCUACAUUCACUAAUUUGUCAAUGAAUAUCUAUUCAGAUUUUAUUUUUCAGGCAGCUGUUCCAAAGUUUCUUCAACUGCACUUAGAUCCAGCUAGCGGCAAUACUCUGCCUGCAAGUGGUAAUGGGUCCAUCACACAAACAUUGAGAGUUACCAACAGCCAACAUGGAAAGAAAUCUCUUGUCAUGCGUAUAAGAAUAGCUUACAAGAUGAACAACAAAGAUGUCUUGGAGGAAGGACAAAUCAGCAAUUUUCCUCGUGGUUUAUGAGGCUGAGUAGUUUUCAUAGAUGGUAAAAAUGGUGAUGCACAAGUAUACGUUUUCCUUCUCGCUGUCCACGACGUCAGUGGAGUCUUUUCCUUAGAAAAUUGCUCAAUUUGGGGUGGCAUGUCCUGUGGCAAUUGGGACUGAUUUUGUUUGAAGUAUGUGGUUUAUCCAAUGGCUUGAUACCUCCCCUGUCCCACAUUUUUCUUCCCCUUGUACCUGGUUUAUGUACAUUAUUAAAGUUCUUCAUGUACGAAAUUGUGGGAAUUAAAUUUUGCUUAUGAUGCACAAGAGGAGGGAGCUAGUUGCAUGUUGAGAUCUUGAGGUCAUAGUUUGCUUUUUAGUUUGGAUUUGCUCGCUAGCCUUAUUGUUUGAGAUCAUAGUUGUUGUUGGGAAUCAAAUUGAAUUGCAAAUCAGUUAUAUAUUCGAUUUAAUGUAACAAUUUUCACCAA